AUCCACUUCACAGCGCGAAGGAGGGCUUGCCAGUGUGCCAUCAGCACGCAGAAUGUGCUAGCAGAACGGGUUUCAUCUUGAGCUCCUCUUCAAGUCGUAGGACUCGGGUUGGUUUGAACUUUAUCUCAAGACCAGUUUUAGCGAUCGGCACUGCUGCUAUUCCUGCUCCAGGCGGCCAGCCAGUUUGCUCUCAAUAGCUCUUCAUCCGGGCACAACGCUCACCACCGUCGUCGUCCUUUCGACACCUACACGUACAAUCAGGAUGUCGGACCUUACAGAGUACAAUGUAGUGGGCUUCGCCCGGAGCGAUGGCCAGGAUUAUGGACCGGGGUACUGGCCGACCCCCGUAGAUGCGACAACUAAGAAUGCGAAGAAGACGACGCAAGAAAAGACACCAAGAGCGAAGCCUCAGAUGGUCCGGCUAGUCGAAGAUGACCCAAGGUUUCAGGAAUGGCGAGUGAAACUUGGGAUCUUGCUGAAGCAAGAACUUGCACCUACAGAGGGCCUCCCAUGGCUCGUCAACUUCCCGCGUGGCUACUGGCUGUACGAGAAAUCCAAGCAUCUUUGGGUCUCGGGCCACCCGGAAAAGACGAGGCCUCUCUACAAGAGCCCGCAGGAGUUUGGUCUCCAUCUGCUGUGGCUUCUCUCGAACUCGAGGGACCGCAAUGAUUGUCGCUGCAUCCAUUGCAACACUCGAGAGAUGCCCAACAUUGACGGGCUGAGCGUCGUAGACGGCCCGCGAGCUCUGCUCACAGCGGCGAACACGCAUCCCCCGUUCAAGGUCCGCAAGAUCACGCCACAGACGCCGCUGGGAACAAUAGCAUCUCCGGUUCCUGCAGCAGCGGCGACGCCCCCAAUGGUGAAAAAGGAGACGCCCGUGCCAGUACCUACGGUUGUACCCGCGGUUGCGGUGAAGAAGGAGACUCCAGUGCCGAUUCCGACGAUACCCUCACGCGCGGCCCCAGUUUCUGCCGCGGCGCAGGCUCCAGUUCAGGCACAGCCUCCUCAACAAACGCUGCACCCGCAACUGCAACCGCAACUGCAACCGCAACUGCAACCGCAACUGCAACAGCGACAACUGCAGCCAAGCCAAACGCCUGCUGUUCAAGCGCAAGUACAGGCUCCAUCUCAAGUUCUCGUUCAAGCGCAGGCCCAGGCACAAGUGCAGCAUCCCAGCCAGGCUUCCCCCACGGCUCAAAACGUGUACCAGCAGCCACAAUCCUUGCCAUACCCUCCACCCUAUCUAGGAAUACAAGCCCCGUCUCUAUUCCGUGUGGGAGAGCUGGUCUGGUUCCAAUUGGCGUCUGGAUGGCGCCUGGGCAUCGUAUCCAUCACCGCUCCCGCCAACCAGAAGGCUGGCGUCAAGCCCGAGAUCCAGAUCCUCCCGAUAUCCCACCAUCUCUUUAACCAGUCGCCGAUCCAGACGCUGGAGGCAACGGCGCGCCCAUUCCUCGCUUUCUCCGUGCCCAACGUCAGCAUCCCGGACCUGCAGAAUAAGGCCUAUGAUGAGGUCAACUGGGAAGCCUUCCUACGCAGCCUCAGCCCUGAGGACAACCACCGUCGUGAGGUUGCGCUGCUCGACUCCUCCAAGAUGGCCGCCCAAAAGGUGGGCGUGUCGUUCUCCGUCUUUAGUCGCAUAGCCGAGAACGAGGGCGGCAAGAAGAUAGACUAUCACGGUAUCUUCCUCGGUGCCGAGCGUAUCGAGCUCGGCGACGUCCUCCGAGUCCGCAUCUCCCCCGAACAGAACCUCCCUGCCGACGCCAACAACCUCCCCGACGCGCUGCUAGCACUCCGUGAGAUCUGCACCGCGCCUAUCGACGUCCCCGGCAUGGCUUUCUUCAAGGGGGACAUCUACCAACCACUUACCGGCGAUAACGCGCCCGUUACUGAGGCGGCCAUCACCGUUCCCGAGGAUAAGCUCCCACGGCCGCUCCGGGAGGAGAUGGUGUUCCGCAAGAAAUUCGCCCCUGCAGACCGCUGGCGCUGUGUCCUGCUUAAGCAGAACGCCGUCCUCCGCGAGCCAGACCUCAAGGGCCGCUUCUACCCCACCCACAGGCUGCUGCCACUGCUCGACGGCCAAGCCAAGGCGGCGGCCGAGGCGCAGCAGGGCAUCGUGCGGGACGUACAGCAGCGGCUCAACCAGCGCAUCGACACGUUCAAGACGGCCUACAUUGGUCAGAAGCGCUCCCGCGCCGACACCAUCGGCCCUGCGCUACCUCCAGGCAGUGUCCUUCAGUUUGAGCCAUCCGUGCGCGAGGAGAGCGCCUAA